GGGCAUCAGGCAGCAGGUGCAGGGCUCGUCCCUGUCCUGGCUCGGGCUGCGUACGUCCCUCCUUCCCCAGAGGGAAAGAUCAGAGGACGCCAAAGCCACAUAACUUCCCACGUGGGCACAAGGACCGAAGACCUCGGUGGGGAGGUACCCUGCGGGUGAGGAGGAGGAAGAGGGAGGUGUAGGAAAGAAAGGAGGACCCGCCCCCACCUCUCAGCUCCUUUACGGGAAGUGAUGUGGGGCCGGACGGAACAUACCCGCCAGGGACCCAAAAAAGGGCAGACAGCAGAGUGGGCGCUGAGCGCACUGAGCGUGGACCUGCAGCUGCUUCGGGGACGGCGGGACCCUGCAGACAGAGCACAGUUGGUGGAGUUUGGCCCUAGGCAGCCAGGGAUCUGUCAUUCUUUCAGCCAACUUCUCUACAACUGGAGUCAUCUUUAAGGCCAAAAGCCCUUCUUCUGGGCUUCCCAAUAAGGUUUACUAAACGGGUAGAAGUAAUCAUAUCAAGCAUUUUUUUUUCUUUUCGCACCUGGGGUAAACUACUGAGCUCUUCAUUAUGUCUGAUGGGGAUUAUGAUUAUCUCAUCAAGUUUUUAGCCUUGGGUGAUUCUGGAGUUGGGAAGACCAGCUUACUAUAUCAGUACACAGAUGGCAAAUUUAACUCCAAAUUUAUCACUACUGUGGGCAUUGAUUUCAGGGAAAAGAGAGUGGUAUACAGGGCCAACGGGCCAGACGGAGCAGUUGGCAGAGGCCAGAGAAUCCACCUGCAGUUAUGGGACACAGCAGGGCAAGAGAGGUUUCGUAGCCUGACGACUGCAUUCUUUAGAGAUGCAAUGGGUUUUCUUCUCCUUUUUGAUCUGACCAAUGAGCAAAGUUUUCUCAAUGUCCGAAACUGGAUAAGCCAACUCCAAAUGCAUGCAUACUGUGAAAGCCCAGAUAUUGUGCUCUGUGGUAAUAAAAGUGACCUGGAAGACCAGAGAGUAGUAAAAGAAGAGGAAGCCAGAGAACUUGCUGAAAAAUAUGGGAUCCCAUACUUUGAAACCAGUGCUGCCAAUGGCACCAACAUCAGCAAGGCAAUUGAAAUGCUCCUGGACCUGAUCAUGAAAAGAAUGGAGCGGUGUGUGGACAAGUCUUGGAUCCCUGAGGGAGUAGUGAGAUCUAAUGGCCACAACUCAACGGAACAUUUAAAUGAAAACAAAGAAAAGGGGGGAUGUGGCUGCUAAAAAAGUAAAGUGAACUGUGAUGAGUUGAGUAACCUGUGUAUUUUCACGUAAUUUAAAAAAAUAGUUUCUGUUUGGUACAGUUGCAGCUGAAUGGAUCUCCGUGAGGAAUUAUGAAAACAGAAAGUAGUAUUUCCUAACUGAUUUAACUGACUCCUGCUGGGUAAAAAAAAUAAAAUAAAAAAAAAAAUAAAAUAUUCAGCCUGGGAUUUAAUUGAAAAAAUGUAUUUAUAUUGCUUAGUCCAUGAGAGUUAUUCAUUCAGGGAUCCAGCAUUUUGCAGCAGUAACAGUCAACAAAACUGUAUGUGUCAUCGGAAGAUCCAAUAAUACAAUCAUGGAAUUUAUGGCUAGAAGGGUCUUUCAGAGAUCUAGUCCUGAAAUUUUUUUCACAGCUAUUUACAGAUACUUGGUGUAGGAACACCGAGUAUCUCCUGUUUGGUGAUGUUAUAAGCAAUUGAAAACAUUAUCUAGGGAAUUCUCGAGACUGUAUUUAUAAAAUCGAAACCAAACCCGACUAUACUACUGUAUGCAAGCUGCAGUUGUGAAGCUGAUUUUUAAAAAUCUCCAGCUGUACCAUAUAUGAAAUUAUAAAAUACCAUCUAUGCCACUUGAAUGUUAAAUUAGAAGGCACACACAUACACAUAUGUCCAGUUUGUUUCAAGUCUAAGGGAGACAGUGAUCUGGAGAUACUUUAGAAAUGCAGGGUGAAACUUACUGUACCUUUGACCUCUCUAGUAUUGUUCAGUGAUGUUCUGGGGCAAUUUGUAUAAUAUUAGCUCUUCUAUGAUAGGAGCUAGAAGGAAUUUGUUUAUUCUCACCUUAAACAGCAAGUGGCUCUGAGCUAGUUCUGCUGAGGGGGAAACAAAGGGGAUUUUUUUUUUUUUUUACUUUUGCCCAAAUUCCUGCAUUGACACCCAGGUUGCUGUCCACCUUACAAUAUGACUUCCCUAUGUCUUAAUAGGAAUAUGUGCCAGGCUGUGGUUAUAUCUGUGUGACUGUGGGUUAAAUGGACCAAGAUCCCAAAGCCACUUAUUUUAAUUUUUUAGGUAUUGUUUCAAUGUCAUAUGAGCAGUAAAAUUGGUGCUUCUGGCUCUUUGUUGUGUCUCUACCAUAGAGAAUAGUCAGCAUAAUUGUCUUUUAUGGGCCUAAUUCACUUUGGUUGACACAGUUAUAUUUGGCCAGCAAAAUUUUUUUUUUAUUAUAGCUGGUGCUUUGCACUGAAAUUAUUUGUAAACAAGAAAACAUUUUGAACAAUUUCUUUCAAAUUUAGGUUAAAUUUCUAACAUUGGUCCAGUUGCCAACUGGUUAUGUUUUAAAUUAGCUAAUUUUCAGUUUAUAAACCAAGUAAUCUUCCACUUGACCCAUGGGCAGUUUGUAGCUGAUAUUUUCAAAUUUCUUUCUUAUUUUUUUACUAGAAAAAUCAAAGGAAUUAAUGUUGAUUUUGCUAUUUUAGUGGAAGGCAUAUUUUUUGCUGCUUUUAAAUUCUCAUUUAAUUUCUAAUGCAGUAUAAAAACGAUUAAUGAGUAUUUGUUUUGCAGCCUUUUUUGUCAAGGUCACCAUGCACUGUGCAUCUGGACAUGUAACCCCAAUACCUUGCCAAAGUGGCUUUAUACCAAAUUUAAAGUGGUUUGCAGGUCCUUUUUAGGCAUUUUCAUAGACUUUUGUUUACAGAAAUCAAGAUUACUUCUUUCAGGGGAAUAAUAUUUAUUAAGAGUUUCAAUAAAGAAAUGUAAACUCCUUAGAAAAUCCAAUGGCCAGCUAUUCUGUGAUGAUAUCUAAUAUACUUUAAAUUAAAAAUGAAAAUGCAUUGCACAGAUCAUAUGUUUGUUUAAAAUUGAGAAAAUGAAAUUAUGAAAAAAUAGUUACUUUUACAGAAUAACUUUCUGAUGAAUUUUUAAAGGCAGUCAAGUGUAGGGCUUCCCUCCUGCCUCUUGCUCUCUAAAGUAUUAUGUACUUUUCUUCCCUGCUAAUAAUAAUAUAGAAAUACUAAAUUUUGAUUUCUGAUCUGCACCUGAAAUGUCUGAGAGAACUUCUUUCAGAAAUGGACAGGGGUGAAGGCUUGUGCAUAUGCUGUAUUUUGUAUUGUUAUAAUGUGCAAUUCUAAGAAAAUGGAUUCUGAAAUCACUGGAUCAAGUUUAGUUUACUCAGGAGUGCCUUCUAAAGGUGCUAUGGUAGAGUAAAUGAUUUUAGUAGAAACCAGAAUGUAUAUUGUAAGAUAAUUUGUAUAUUUAAAAUAAGUAUCUACAUAUGCUAUACUUUUAUGUUUUGUGUGUAACCUGCUGGCACAUGUCUGGGAUUGAUUCGUCUCUCAAGGCAGGUUACAUGUGGUCAAACAUUAAUAUUUAAUUUUAAAGAACUACAUGCAUCAUUAGCUGCCCACUCCAUUAGCCUUAAAGGAAAGUUAAGGUUUAAAUCUCAUGCAAUUCUUUUAAAAGUGUUAUGUGCCCACACAAGAGCCAUGUUUAGCUACUGAAAUAAAUGAUGUCCAUUUUCUUGGGGAGUCAUUUGUUUAGGUUUGAUAUUAAAGUGCCAUAUUUUUGUCCUACAACAUAUUUUUCUAUUUAUAGUCUUAUAUAAAAAGUAAAAUGUAUCUUUAAUGAGCUUUAAUCUUGUGUCACUUAUACAUAUUAUGCAUAAUUAAA